GUUCUUUUUUAAUGUGGGCCAACAACGGAGGAAAACUACGAGAAAAAUGUUAUACCUAAAAUCGUUGUCCGACAUUUAUUAGAUUCACGAAUCUGCGGUAAAAGUCUGAGAAUCUAGGGCGAAAUGGCUUGGCGAUGAAGUCCACUUCAUUUACCGGUUUAUCAUUCCACAAGAAUGUACACUAGUUAUGUGCUCAAAAGCGCUGUUUUGAUUUCAGUGAUAUUUUCAUCUUGUGUUGUUUGUGAUGUUUCCAGGACGAAUUGUUCUAACUACCAACAAGUUUUAAAGGAAAAUUUGAGAAACUGCGUGUUUGAUAAUGGAGUUAUUGGAAAUGCCGAAGUUAUAGAAAAAAAAACUGAAUCAACAUUUGGUGAUCUCGCAUCAAAAACACAAAAAAAUCCAGAAACAUGGGAGCUACAACUAACAGAAAAGUACGGGCUUUCUAUCCGAAAAUAUCAAGACGAUCUUACACUUCAAAUCACCAACUUAUCUACCUCGGUUGAAGCAAGAAAAAAGAGAAUGAAGGUUAUGGACAUCAUACCUUACUUGAUUAUUCCCGGUUUCAUAUCAGCAGGAGUCCUGCCAUGGUUGAUUCCUGGAAUGAAAAUAGCUGUAAUGGGUGUUGCGAUGAUCAACCAGAUGGCGUUCACGUCGAGUUUGUUCUCUUUGAUAAGAGGCUACAUUUUUGAUACUAGUCAAGAAGAUCACAUCGUUUAUGUCAAUCAUGGAUACAACAAAUAUAAGCAUAACAAUCACUUGCACAGUCACAGCUAACUAUGAAAUAUAUUAUUGGAUUGAGUCAGUCAAUUUGUAUAUGAAGUUUUUACAAAUCCGAAGCAUAUUAAUUAAUACAUAAAUCCACUCUUUUUGAAUUUUUCAAAAGGAAUGGUUAUGGAUCGAAAGUGAACAUGAAAAACUUCACUUCACUCUGUUGUCAAUUCCAACUUUACCAAAUUAAGUUUUCGAAGAACUAGCAUUCCAAUGCUAAUACUUUUGUACAAUCUUCGUUUUGGUUUUCCUAGAACUUGUACUAUUUUGGCUUUGUUACUGUGCCUCAUCGUCAGUUUAGGAAUAGUACUCUAAACCAAAAUGAAAUGAUGAAUUAAAAAAGUUCAAAUAGUCGUCAGAGGAAAAAACUUUUCUUUCGAUUACCAAUAUUAUUUAUUUCGCAUAACUAAAAGUUUUAUUUUUGUAAUGGUAUAGUUCAAAAUGUUCCUUACUUAGUUAUUAUUUUCAUACUUCUAAGAGGGUUAGGAAUAUUCCUUGAGAGAAAAUACAAACGGGUCCUAGAGUAGCUGAUGUAAUUAUUUAAAUAGGUCUUCCAAUUAGGCGGUUUAGGUAUUGUAAAUUUUGAAAUAUUGAAUUUUUUAUUAAUGUUGGAGCGUUAGGAAAAUCCCUAGUAACUUUAACAUCUUCUUGAAAUGAAUUAAAAUAUCAGAAUAUUUCAAAAAAUAUCAAGAUACCAAAUUUAUAUGAAUAUCAUGAAGUAGAAAAUAUGAUAAUAUGAUUUAUUGAAAUAAGCAUUCUGCUAAAAUUUUAUUGGAGAAAUCAUUGAAAAAGGGUGAAAUCGUUCAAUCAUUGGGUGAAAAUCAGAAAAAAAAUGAAUAUGUAUAAUUGCGAUGAAUUGGCUAAAAUUGCAUUGAUCAAAACAUCUAUAUGAUUGAUUAUGCCAAUACUAUCGACUUCAUUUAUUAUUAGCUCCCUCAAUGACUAUGUCAAUAAUUUUUUUUUAUCGUAAAGUUCAUAAGAAUUUGUUA